ACAGGUAGCAAGUUCUUCGUGCUGUACCCAUUCCAUUGAUUCGUUUACCAGGAUUAUAGCCUUGCAAAAAUGACGAUGGACGCUCUGCAACUAGCGAACACUGCCUUUGCAGUUGAUAUGUUCAAAAAACUGUGCGAGAAGGACAAAACAGCCAAUAUUAUUUUUGCCCCAUUGUGUACCUCAACAUCUCUGGCUCUGGCAUAUAAAGCUACAAAAGGUGAUACUGCAGACCAGAUGAAACAGGUACUCCAUUUACAAGAUGUCAAAGAUGUUUCUUUUGGGUUUCAAACGGUAACUUCAGACGUUUCCAAACUCAGCUCUUUCUUUGCACUGAAAAUGGUCAAACGGCUCUUUGUAGACAAGUCUCUUAAUCCUACCACAGACUUUGUCAACUCCACAAAGAGGCCUUUUCCAUCUGAACUGGAAUUAGUGGAGUUCAAAGAAAAAACUGAGGAAACACGGCAGAAGAUCAACAAAUCUCUUUCGGAGCUCACUGAUGGUAAAAUGGAGAAUAUUUUGAAUGAGGACAGCAUAAGUGACCAGACUCAGAUCCUCCUAGUUAAUGCAGCUUAUUUUGUCACAAACUGGAUGAAGAAGUUCCCAGAGGCAGAGAUUAAAGAAUGUCCUUUUAAAGUCAACAAGACUGAAACUAAACCAGUGCAAAUGAUGAAUCUGGAAGCUACUUUUUGCCUGGGUUAUGUGAAAGAAUUAAAUGUUGCCAUCCUUGAGCUUCCAUGCCUUAACAAACAUAUAAGCAUGCUCAUUCUGCUGCCCAAAGAGAUUGAAGAUGAGACCACUGGCUUGGAGCAGCUGGAAAAGGCACUUACCCCCGAGACGUUAUUACAGUGGACCAAUCCCAGCAUGAUGGCCAACACCAAAGUGAAUGUAUUUCUUCCAAAGUUUAGUGUGGAAGGUGAUUAUGACCUGAAGCCACUUCUGGAAAGCCUGGGAAUGACAAAUGUCUUCAAUGAGACCGCGUCAGAUUUCUCUGAGAUGUGUGAGACAAAAGGUGUUGUUUUGUCAAAGAUCAUCCAUAAGGUCUCUUUGGAAGUAAAUGAACAAGGUGGAGAGUCCCGAGAGGUACCAGGAUAUCGGAUCCUGCAGCACAAGGAUGAAUUUAAAGCUGACCAUCCAUUUAUCUUUUUGUUUAGGCACAACAAAACUCGCAAUGUGAUUCUUUCAGGCCGAUUCUGUUCCCCCUAA